AUGUCGUACGUCGGUCCCAUCGAUGAAAUCUUUGCGAAUGACAUCGCCCUGUGGGUCCGAGGACGACCGCAGCACCUUCGCAGCGCACGCAAGGCCCUGCAGAGAGCCUUGGACACUGCAGCGGCCUACCUGAGCAGCAUCGGCCUGGACAUCUCGGCCAAGAAGACGGAGGCCAUGCUGCUCCACCCGCGAGCAGCCGCUCGCCGCCAAGCUGCCCGGCUGCACCUGCAGGACGUCGCCAUCCCCUGGAGCACGGCAGUCGCAUACCUGGGGCUACGCAUUGACCACCGGCUCACCUGGCUGGGGGCGCAAAUAGAAAUACGCCACCUGGCUGCCUGCUGCCAGGGCCCUGUACGCGCAGCAGCCACCUCACGCCUGCGGUACGCCCUCCCACUGGUGGCGCUACCACCACCCCGCCUGAAGAAGCUGGAGCUGCAACACCGGGCAGCAGUUCGGCUCUGCCUAGGUGUUCCGCGCAACUCGCAGGUCGCUGCCACCCUGGCCGAGGCUGGAGCGUGGCCCUUGCCGCUGCUGCUCCUACAGCAGGGCCUGCGGCACAUCGACCGACUCCACCAUGCUGCAGACGGCGAUGGGGCGGCUGUGCUGCCGUACGAGGAGGUGAUCGGGAACCCCCCACCCAACACAGUGCAGCUGCCCCCACCCCAGAGACCUCCUAUCGCCAUCACCACGGAGCUACCAGGCAUCACCAAGCGGCGAUCACCGACCUGCGCAUUGCAGCAGACGGCGGCCUCACUCCUCCACGAGGACCUUGAGGGCCACCUGCAGGUGUUCGUCGAUGGCUCCGUGGUCCCCGACACAGGCUCGUCGACGGCGGCGUGCAUCAUACCUGCCCUGCAGAAGAGUAGGCAGUGUCGCCUUCCAGCCCAUGCGAGCUCCACAGCAGCGGAGGUAGCAGGCCUCCACCUUGCUGUCGACCUGCUCACAGAGGAACCCCCAGAGACUCCAGCAGCAAUCUUCUGCGACUCCAGGGCAGCCCUCUUGAGCCUGCAGAGGCCGGAGAGGGCGAGCCUGGGGGUCGCCCUCCUCUCAACGCGACUGGCAGCACUACAGGAUGCAGGUUGCCCGGUGUCCCUGCACUGGAUUCCUGCUCAUGUAGGCAUCCCGGGCAACGAGGAGGCUGAUGCCCUAGCCAAGAGUGCCCACCACGGUGACGUCCCCUUGAGUGCGGCAGUCACAGCCGCGGACUUCACGAGGCUCCGGAUUCAGCGGCACCUCCAGGUGUCCCAUCCUGACAACCGCGUGUCCUUGGGACACCCUCCAUGGCAGCUACCGCAACGCGGCCUUGCACGGAGGGAGAGUUCGCUGCUACUCCGGCUGAGAAUCGGCUGUUGCUGGACAGCCGCACGACGCCAUCGGCUUGGCAUCAUCGCCUCACCUACCUGCGCCUCCUGUGGUGAGCCAGAGACACUGGAGCACCUCCUGCUGGCCUGCCCGGCACACAACCAACCCCGUGGACUGCUCCUGCAGGAGUUUCGCCGCCUUGGACUUCCCACCACACGACAGGAGGACAUCCUCUUCCCCCGUCGAAACCACCUCCCGGCCCUGCUCAGCGUAGUUGAGUACCUGGACUCGUCAGGGCUCUCAACAACUCUCUAUCACCGCCAGCACACAUGGAUGACCUUGCGGCCAUCCAUGGGUGCUGGCUCCUUUCUUUGCAGGCCCUCCGGCCCUGCCCCACCACCCAUCCUUGGACUGGCUGACCACACCAGGCCAGCUGCGAGCUGUCAAGGCCCUACCCUCCGGAUGGCGUGA